ACGCGUCGCUUCGUUUGGUUAUUCGUCUACUCGAAAUAAGCCUUUUCAAAGUCAACGUCGUUUCCGGUAUUCCUCCAUCGAUCUCUUUCACUGUUGAAUUUUGACGAAUCAACACCUUUCUGUGUGGACGGUUAGAAUUGACGGUCCAUCAUGGUUAACCACCGUAUUCCGUCGGUCUUCUCCAAGACCUAUGUGACGCCACGUCGUCCAUUUGAAAAGCCGCGCCUGGAUGCGGAAUUGAAAAUCAUCGGACAGUACGGUCUGCGUAACAAGCGCGAGGUAUGGCGCGUCAAGUACACGCUGGCCAAGAUCCGUAAGGCGGCCCGAGAGUUGCUGACCCUGGAGGAGAAGGACGAGAAGCGUCUGUUCCAAGGUAAUGCCCUCCUUCGUCGGCUGGUCCGUAUCGGUGUGCUUGAUGAGUCUCGCAUGAAGCUCGAUUACGUGUUGGGUCUCAAGAUUGAAGAUUUCUUGGAACGUCGUCUGCAGACUCAGGUGUUCAAGCUGGGAUUGGCUAAGUCGUACCAUCACGCUCGUGUUCUGAUCCGCCAGCGUCACAUUCGCGUCCGCAAGCAGGUUGUGAACAUUCCUUCCUUCAUUGUGCGUUUGGACUCUCAGAAGCACAUCGACUUCUCGCUCAAGUCGCCCUUCGGUGGUGGCCGUCCAGGACGCGUCAAGAGGAAGAACAUGAAGAAGGGUCAGGGAGGCAGCGGUGCAGCUGAUGAAGAAGAGGAGGAUUAAGCUACUUGAAACCACAUGAGGAGAAGAUGUAUUGUAAAAAUCAAACUGUGCUGAAGUUCAACAUCAAAAAUUUAAGGUUCGCACACUUCUCUUAAAUGUCUACUGAUAAGGUAUAAUAAAAAGUUACUUUUGAAGUAUCUUAAA